AUGGAGCACAACAAAGAUGACUAUCGUCUCUCAUACGUGAGACUCAACGAGGCAAUGGAGACGGAGCAUAGACCGCGACCAUUGUCAUCUGCGGAACAGGUCUUCUUGCAGUCUCAGACACAUCCAUUCUGGGGUGCAAGCUGGACCCUGGAAAUCCUGGGGUGUCUUACAUCUAUCUUGUUUUUGGUUGCCAUUAUCGUGGUGCUCUUCAAAUUUGACGGAAGGCCAAUGCCCGACUGGCCGCAUGGCAUUACGCUCAACGCUCUCAUAUCGGUGCUUAGUACAGUCAUGAAAGCCACAAUGGCAUUUGUCCUGGCCGAGUCUCUGGCUCAGCUCAAAUGGUCAUGGUUCCGGGGUGGUAACAAAUUGAGCGACCUUGCCCUCCUCGAUGCCGCCAGUCGUGGAGCCAUGGGCGCUCUUGUCGUUCUUUUCCGUUUCCUACCUCGCCAUCUGGUGACAUUUGGUUGCUUAGUCUAUGUUAUAGCCUCGGCCGUGGAUCCAUUCACUCAGCAGGUGAUCGGUAUCAAAACGCGGGCUGUCCAUGCCCCCGGUCUGUCAUCCAUCCAAGUCUGUAACGCUAGCAAAUAUACCGACUACAGCGAGGGCGCCGGCCCCGGAAUGAACAAUGUGCCCCUCAGCACGAAUGGUGCAAUUUAUUCCGGCCUAUUCCAAACGGAGGCCCCAAACAGUAAUAACAUCCUGGCGAGCUGCCCGACUGCAAUCUCAUCUCCAGGCUACGGAGUCCCACCUCAAGUUCAAAUCAGCGCCACGGAGUGCGCUCUCUACUUCUGCGUCAACACCUACGAAGCAAGAAUUACCGAAGGUGUAUUCUCCGAAACCCAGACAGCAGUCGCAACUUCUUCUAAUACUUCAACAUCCUGGACCGUCUUAACCGAUGACUUCUCAAUCACGCCGGAUACGUGCUAUUCCAACGGUACCCGCUUUGAAAAGCCGUACAAGAACCCCGAAGACUGCGUGUACCAAGUCAAUUGGCUAAGCCGUCUGGCUAUGCAAAAUUCAUUGUUCCCUUUAAUGGAAGGGAAGGGCUCACUAUUCAUGAGCAAUCGACCGAGUUGGACUCCGGGGACCGCUGAGGCUAUCUAUGGCGAACAAGGAAACCUAACAGACAUUACAUCGAUGUUCGACAGCAUGUCAUCCUCUCUGACCUUGAACGCACGAUCUAAAGUCUGCAGGGCAUCGGUCAAUGGAACAAUAUGGACCGUCCAGCCAUUCGUUCAUGUGCGAUGGAAGUGGUUGAUUCUUCCCGGUGCUCUGGUGGUGCUCAGCUUGAUCUUCUUGGUUAUCACUGUCAUUCACACUCGGAAUCAAUACAUCUGGAAGUCUUCGCCUUUGGCCCUCUUGUUCUCGGAUUUGUCGGUGGAUAGCCCGACCCCGUUGAAAUCUAGUCCAACGUUGAGGAGCAUGGAAGAUACCUCGAGACAGAUGGAAGUUUGGUUGGAGAGUUCGGCGGAGGGGGUCAGGUUGAAGGCGGUUCCUACUUAA